CACGAGGCCCUGGGUGGAACCCGCUCGGCUCACGAGGGGCAGCCGCCGCCGGGCCCGGGCCUCCCUCCCCGCUACGGCCUCCGGGCCUGGGCUCCCCUCUUCUCCCCUGGAGGCGGAGGGGGCUGGGGGCGCGGCCCGGCCAUGCCCGCCGAAGGGGUCCCGCGGGGCUGAACCCCUCAGCCGUGGCCUCCCGGUUAAAACUCCCCAAACAAGCCCCCGGGGGGGAGGCGCCGCUCCGCGCGCAGCGGGCGGUGUUCAGCGGGGCGCGGGGAAUGGCCAGGAGGAUCCUGUCUGCUCCGGCCCAUGAUCCCCGCGAGGACUCUGCCUCGAGCCUGUGAAUCACCUUGAGCAGCGGAGUGUCUUUCAGAGGGGCAGCCCGGCUGCAUGGGAAGGCGUCCAGCAAGGCAUCUUAAGUCAGUCAUUCCAGAGAUGGGCACUGGAAUUGAACACAUGUAUCUUGCUAUUGCUGUAUGUAGAGGUGGCAGUAUCCUCCUUGUCCCAUCUGAUAUUCUUCUGCAUAAACUUCCAAAGAUCACAUCACUCUGCAAUAAAGUAUUGCACUGGAAAAUUAUAUUCACUUGUUUAUCCCCCAUGAUCCCAAAGUCUUUACACAGCAAGUACAUUCAAAGGUGCAGUCUCCCAUCUUUGGCCCUAAUUUUAUUUAUUGAUGCCUUUAUGACAAAGGUUGGCUCUGGGAGAUCUAAGAGGAAACCCAGCAAGACUCAACAAAGACAAGAUGCAGAAGAUGCAGUUUAUGGGAGAAAUGGGUAUGAUUAUGGAGAGUGUCGAUUGCGUGUUGAGUUCCCUAGAUCAUACAGAGGACGGGGUGGAGAUUUUGGUGGAGGACCCCGGGGAAGGAAUGGCCCUCCAUCACGACGUUCUGAAUUUCGAGUUCUUGUUUCAGGGCUUCCUCCAUCAGGCAGUUGGCAGGACCUGAAGGAUCACAUGCGUGAAGCUGGUGAUGUUUGUUAUGCAGAUGUACAGAAAGAUGGAAUGGGUAUAGUUGAAUUUCUCCGUAAGGAAGAUAUGGAGUACGCACUGCGUAAACUGGAUGACACCAAAUUCCGAUCUCAUGAGGGUGAAACUUCCUAUAUCAGAGUCUGUCCUGAAAGAAUUUCCAGCUAUGGCUACUCACGGUCCCGUUCUGGGUCAAGGGGUCGUGAUUCUCCAUACCAAAGCAGGGGAUCACCACGGUACUCCUCCCCCUUCAGGCCAUACUGAUUGCAUCCAACAACAGGGACUUCUUAAAAUGUGAACUGAGCUUCUUUCUGCUCGGAAUUUACAUUCCAAAACUGAUGGAUAGUUUUUCGUAGGAACUCGUUUUUUUUAUUCAAUAAAAAUCUUUUUUUUAUGA